GCGGCGCAGCGGCGCCACGCGACGCGCCUGCUGCUGCUGGGGCGCGAGGAGCGGCGGCCCGCGGCGCAGGGCUGGCUCACCAAGAACCCGCUGGGGCAGAUCAACAUGCGCGACGCGCGCGUGGAGGAGGUGGAGCACGUGAGCGACUCGGACUCGGAGGAGCGCGACGCGGAAGGCGGCGCCGGCGGCGAGCUCACCGACACGUGGCUCUAUCACCUGACUGUUGUGUCUGGAGGAGGACCGAGUGCAGGGACACAAUAUGAGCAGUUGGUGCAGAAACUAAUGGAAACAGAUGGAGAUCCAAGUUGUGUGCUAUGGAGGCAUCCCCAUCUAUUACACAGCAAGGAAAGCAUUGCAUCCCCUCUCACUACCCUUUCAUCUGAAGCACUCCAAGCAGAAGCUAUAAAACUUUUCAAGUCAUGCCAGCUCUUCAUCUCUGUGGCCCUGGAUAGUGCUGGUAUUGACUACCAUGUGGUGCUGGCUCAAAACGCGCUCCAGCAGUGUCUGGACAUGCCCGAGUUGCAGUCGGAGCUGGUGUGUGCUCUCAUAAAGCAGACGUCCCGUCACACGCACCAACGCCUGGGCGUGCAGGUAAAGCGCUCCUCCUCCUCAGGCGAUUCAGCAACCGGUUCAUCUGCACCGCUCCGGCGCAAGCACACCUCAGCAGGCCGACGUCUCGAGUUGUUUUUCUUGUGUCCAUAUUCAGGUACUCUCACUCGAUUGCUCACAGCUGCUGCUGUGCGCCACGCAGUCCUCUUCGCCUGCGACGCCUCCAGUUCUUCGUCGUCGAGCGCCUCUGCGCCCGCCGCUCGGGGGCGGGCGGCGGCGGCGGCGGUGGCGUGGCAGCGCGGCGGCGGGGUGCCAGCUGGCGGCGGCGGUGGCUCGUCCGCCGCCGCCGCUCCGCGCCCUCCGCCUCCUCCGCCGCCUCCGCCGCGCCGCCGCCUCCGACAUCACCACCACCAGCAGGCGACGGCGGUGGCGGCGGCGACGGCGGCGUCGGCGUCGGCGGCGUCUCUGCGGGGUCGACGGCGGCGGCGGCGGCGGGGCCCGGCGGCGCGCACGCUCCCCAACCGCCACGCGCAGGGUGCAUGGUCAGACAUGGUCUUUCCAACUCUCGAUCAUCGCUGUCGAUUUUUUCGAGAUUUGCCUGCGCUGGAAUAUCAAGAUCCGCUGGUCUUAGACCGCGCGCCUAAGAAAGACGCGGCGCAGGGCCAGACGUCGUCGACGGGCAGCGGCGUCGGUGGAGGCGGCGGCGGCGGAGGCGGCGGCGGCGGCAGCGGUGGUGGAGGCGGCGGCGGCGGGGGCCUUCUGGACUGCAAGACCAACCCGCCGGCCUUCGUGUUCGUGCAGGGCUGGCAACUGCUGGCGCUGGCCGUCAGCCUCUUCGUGCCCCGCAACAGCCGCCUGCUGUGGUUCCUCAAGCUGCACCUGCACCGCAACGCCGAUUCCAAGACGGAGUGCGGCAAGUACGCGGCGUACUGCGGGCGCGCGCUGGAGCGCACGCUGGCCAACGGCCCGCGCGAGGCGCGCCCAAGCCGCAUGGAGGCGCUGUCGCUGCUGCUGAAGAACCCGUUCCACCACUCGCUGCCGCACUCGAUCCCGGUGCACCUGCCGUCGGGCGCGUACCACGUGGUGGGCUUCGACGGCUCGUCCACGGUGGACGAGGUGCUGGCGGCGCUGGGCGGCGAGCUGGGCUGCCGCGACGCCGCGGCCUCGGGCUUCGCGCUCGCCUCCGACGACCCCAUCGAGCGCGACCUCGAGCACUUCGUCGACCCGCAGGCCAAGGUCAGCCCCCGUCUCACCAGCGCGCUCUCAGCGCCACCGCAACUAGCACAAACACCACCACCGGCACUCUCUCAGCGCCGACAUGAAGGCCUCUACCAGCACCACCACCACCAACACUCGCAACUCCACCACUACCAUCAUCAACCAACCCACAAUCAUCACCACCACCUCAGCACUCUCUUAGCGCCUCCACGAAGACCUCUACCACUAUCACUACUUCCUCCACCACUGCCUACAUCACCACCACCUUCACCACCACCACCAUCAUCACCACCAUCAUCACCACCAUCCCUGUGCUACCACCACACGCCCCACCACCUUCACCACCAUCAUCACCACUUUUACCUCUACCAUACCUCUACCAAUACCUCGCCCCCACCACCGCUGCUGCUUCUGUCAUCACCAGCACCUCCUCCACCACCAACACUCCCAGCUCCACCACUUCCAGCCAUCAGCAGAAACACCAUCAUCAACCAACCCAACAGUCAUCACCACCACCCUAGUUCUUACCACCACUUCCACGACCACCAUCUACAUCAACACCAUCCCUCUGCGACCACUAUCACUACCACCACCUCUCGCCCCACCAAUACCACCGCCACCACAAUCAUCUCAACCUCUUUCACCACCAUCAUCACGACCACGACCUCUUUCGCCAUCACCAAUACCAACACUCCCACCGCUACCACAAACACUAACCAACAGCCUCUACCACCAUCCACUACUAUCGCCCUUACCAUCCCUCCACCACCUCUAUCACCGCCAGCAACACCACCACCGGCAGACCACUCCCAAUACCAUCACUUCCACCACCACCACCAUCAUCACCACCAUCACUAUCCCUCUACUUCCUACUGCGCCACUACCAUCCAUCAUACAACAAACCCCGCCGCCAUGCAACCACUACCAGCGACGCCUCCGUCACCACCAUCCCUUCACCACUACGACCACAAACUCUAUCCCCACUACCACCAACCAACAACCAUUACCACCACCCACCACUUCCAACCCUACCAUCCGUGCACUAUCAGCUCAAUAUUCACCAGUACCGUAUACAGCACCCCCCUCCACUAUAACCGCCACCGGCAGCAACACUACAACAAACAACUCUGCACCACUAUCUACACCAGCACCUUAAAACCGAAACUGCAUCACAACUACUUCCCCUCUCCAACACAAUACCAUCCCACCACUACCACCAUCACCACUUAA